AUGAUGGAGAAGACAGCUCACGAGGACGUUGUGGGCGGUAAAGCCUCGCCCCAGUUGAGCCACGAUGAUGCCUACGUGACCGAUUAUUCAGUCGAGAAGGCACCUUUGAUGACCAGACUUGGCCUGUCUCCCGACUCGUUCAGACGUCGUACACUUGAAGACAAGCACAAUCAGCUCAACAAGACCCUCAAGGGUCGCCACUUGAGUAUGAUUGCUAUUGGUGGCUCUAUUGGCGCUGGUCUGUUUGUCGGCUCCGGCGGUGCUUUACGAACUGGAGGCCCUGCUUCGUUGCUGAUCGGCUUUGGAAUUAUGGGCGUUAUGAUCUUCAACGUUGUCUACGCCCUUGGUGAAAUGGCAAUCAUGUAUCCCAUAUCUGGAGGCUUCUACACAUACUCUGUGCGAUUCAUCGAUCCUGCUUGGGGUUUCGCCAUGGGUUGGAACUACGUCUUCCAGUGGGCAAUCGUGCUUCCACUCGAACUUACCGUCGCAGGUCUCACGGUCAACUAUUGGGGCGCCGAUGUCAACGUCGGAGUAUGGAUCACCGUCUUCUUCAUUCUUGUCGUAAUAAUAAACAUCUUUGGUGUCCUUGGCUAUGCAGAAGAAGAGUUCUGGGCGUCUCUUCUCAAGCUGUCGACUGUCUCUAUCUUCUUGAUCAUGGGUGUCAUUUUCGUCUGUGGUGGAGGCCCAUCCAACGGCAAAUUCAGCGAGUAUUGGGGUGCGCGCAAUUGGUACGACCCAGGUGCUUUUGCCGAUGGCUUUCCUGGUCUUUGCUCAGUUUUUGUCACUGCCGCUUUCUCUUUCUCUGGCACUGAGCUUGUUGGUCUUGCUGCUGCCGAGUCUGCGACACCUCAGAAGUCUCUUCCUUCUGCUAUCAAGCAAGUCUUCUGGCGCAUCACUCUCUUCUACAUCCUUGGUCUGUUCUUCGUCGGUCUGCUCGUCCCUUACAACGACCCACGUCUUCUAGGUUCUGGCGGCUAUCUCGAUGUUUCGACUUCGCCAUUUGUCAUAACCGCAGUGGAUGCAGGUAUUCCUCGCUUUGGCGACUUUGUCAAUGCUGUCAUUUUGGUUUCAGUCAUCUCGAUCGGUCUAUCUGGUGUCUACGGAGGUUCUCGUACCUUGACCGCCCUGGCUGAGCAGGGAUAUGCUCCCAAACUGUUCACGUACGUCGACAGAGCCGGUCGUCCUCUCUGGUCGACUAUCUUCAUCCUUGCAUGGGCGCCGCUCGCCUAUAUCACGCUUGCUAGCACUGGUGUCAUUGUGUUCGACUGGCUACAAUCAUUGUCUGGUUUGGCUGCACUGUUCACGUGGGGCUCUAUCUGUCUUGCCCACAUCCGCUUCCGCGCUGCAUGGAAGUAUCACGGCCACAGUACAGACGAGCUUCCCUUCAAAGCUAUCUUCGGUGUGGUUGGAUCAUGGAUAGGCCUGAUUCUCAUCAUUCUUGUCCUCAUUGCUCAGUUCUACGUUGCUGUCAAGCCCCUCGACGCCGAAGCAUUUUUCGCUUCCUACCUCGCCUUUUUUGUCGUCGUCGCGUUCUAUAUCGUGGGAUGGCUUUGGAAGCGUCAGACCUGGCACAGACUUGCCGACAUUGAUGUCGAUUCGGGCCGUCGCGAGAUUGACUGGGAACAUUUCAACAAAACGAGAGCUGUGUACGAGUCGUACCCAAAAUGGCGCAAGAUCUUGAGUCAUUUGUUCUAG